AUGCGCGAUGCAAGCGCCAUCGCGCAACUUAGCGCGCAAGCGCAGCAGCCAUCUGUCAGCGGAUGGCAAAAACCAAAGAAGACCUCCAAAGUACCAAAGAGCGACAUCGCUACCCCCUCACAUGAACAUAAAGAGAGUAACAACCGAUUCCAAACGCUCUCCGAUGAAGAAUCAGACAUGGAUGCAGAGGACGUUCAGGCUUCAUGUAGCAAUAUUAGCUUCACAGAAAAAAUAGUACAGUGGUUGGCAAUAAAAUAUUUGCCGUUCAAUUUUUUUGAUGAUACUGCCACACAGAACUUUUUUACUGAAUUAAAUCCUAACAUUGAGUAUCCCAAACGCGAUACUAUGAAAAGAAGUGUAUUGGAAAUAUUUAAAAAGAAGAAAGAUGCAGUAAUCAAUAUACUGGAAACUAAUAAAUCCAAGAUUUCCUUCACGGUCGAUGGUUGGACGUCCAUUGCUGGAAAAUCCUUUUAUGGUAUUACUGCACAUUUUGUGGAUGCUAACUGGAAACUACAAUCCAUAGUUUUAGACUUCGUACCAUCCAACGGAGCCCACACUGGCAAGGACAUAGCAAUGUUGUUCUACAAUUCUUUAAAAAACUUCAAUAUUGAGUCGAAGAUUCAAGGUAUCGCCUUGGACAAUGUUGCUAGUAAUACUGUAUUUAUUCGAGAGCUACAGUUAAUUUUACAAGGUGAAGGUAUCGAUUUCGACUGUGAAGAUUGUCAUUUUCGAUGCUUUGCGCAUAUCUUAAACUUGGGAGUUCAGGAUAUGCUGCAUGAAAUACAAUUAGAUGAUUCGGAAGAGUGUGAAGAAAGUAAUUCCGAUUAUUCUGAAGAUGAAGAUAAUAUGGUUACAACAAAUAAUAAUGCUCUCAAUAGUCCCAUUAAAAAAAUUAGGGGUCUCUUUUUAAAAUUAAAAAGAUCUGAGCAAAGUACAAAUAUGCUGAAAAGUGCAUGCACCAUGACUGGCACCAAGUUUUUGUCGCCAAAGAUCGAUGUGUGUACACGCUGGAACUCGAUUCAUGACAUGCUCAAAGUUGCAUUAUUGUUAAAGCCUGCACUGAUUAGUCUGUUUCAAAGUAAUACUGCAUUUCACAUGUAUUUACUAUCCGAAGAGGAAUGGUGUUUGUGCUUAGAAGUACAGAAAUUUCUAAAACAUUUUAAAACUGUAUCUACUCUUCUUGGCGGUGACAGCUAUGUAUCCUUACCGUACGUUAUAGUAGCAUUCAAUAUGCUUUUAGAUAAAAUCGAAAAUAAGAUGCGAACUUUAAACCGUACCGAUAAAUUGUUCAAUGCAUACCAAGCUGGUCGAGAUAAAUUACUUAAACAUUAUUAUAAAUCUAACUGGAUUUACUGUAUUUGCCUCGUACUAGAUCCGAGGCACAAAAUUGAAAGUUUUAAUACCACAACCUGGGGAAAAGAAAUGAAAGAUCAAAAUAGCUCCAUAAUUAAUGAUUUCCGUAAAUCCUCGACUGACGAUGACGAUGACAUUGAUAUGAGUGUUGUAUAUGAGAAAUCUGUCAGCGAUUUAGAUUGGACAAAUGAAUUAACAAAAUAUUAUAACACAAGAAGAGCGGAUAAGGAUGUUGACAUACUGUCAUGGUGGUCAACUCAUUCAAAAGAGUAUCCCUGUUUAUCAACAAUGGCUCGGGACUUCCUAGGAACGCCGGCCACGUCUGUUCCAGCGGAACGUUUAUUUUCUAAGGCUGGUUUAAUUAUACGCAAGCACCUUUCGAUCGCAAAUUCUAUGACACUUUUGACACAAAGAUCCUGCAUACAAAAUGUUGCGUUAACAAUACCAACAUUUGAUGGUGAGAAUCCACCUUUAUCACGUUUUGCACAACUGGUAGAAGAUGGAUUGACCUUGAUUCCUGAGGGAACAGAAAGGGAAUACCUUACAAUUAUUUUAACUAAACUCACCGGUCCGGCGCGAAGAAGUACUUUAGAACAUCAAUUCACUUCGGUAUCCGCGUUGAUCAAGCAUUUGAAGAGAAGAUUUGGACCAGGAAAGAGCUUAUCGCAAUUUCAAACAGAAAUUGCCAGGCUUCAAAUUAGGGAAUACGAAAAAAAUUUCCUAGAUGGAUUACCAGACCGCAUCUCUUUUAAGGUAUCAGCACAAAAUAGAGACAUUAAAAACUUAGAGGAAGCUUUUGACGCUGUGCUAGAGGAGGCUGGAACAACAGGGAUCACCACAGCAACGAACGUCGAAAUGAAAUUUCAUACCCUCAAUCUCCAACACGACACGAUCGAUAUAGAGAUCGACAGAGGAGACCAUCUAACUCUGAAGACGAGAGAGAAGGACGACCACGAGGAAUUCGCAAAAUUUCAGACAGCGAUCAUACUCUCGAAAUUCUUCAGUCGAAUCAAACAAGUCUUUAAACUCAGAAAACGCUCAACGGAAAGGCGAGGCGGUGAGCGAUCUGCAAAGACCUCGCCAAAAGAUAGUCAGAUUCACGGGAGAAUCCUCAUCAAGGAAACCCCAGCACCAAGAAUAAAAAUCAAAGUUCCGGAAUUAGAAUUAGAAACAGCUGAAUUUUUAAUUGACGGUGGCGCGGCAGUUAACUUAAUAGUGCGCGAUGUUCUCGGAGAUCAAGCCAAACGUAUCACUAAAGAAGUUAUUGAAAUCACAGGACUUACAAAAUCACCUAUUUAUAGCAUAGGAACCACAAUUCUUCACAUUCACGGUAAGCCUGCAUUAUUUUACGUAGUAGAGAACCUUGCAAUAGAAGCCGAUGGAAUUAUAGGCAGCCCAUUUUUAUUACAAGAAGAAGCAGAAAUUUCAUAUUAUCAUGGAACACUAGUAUUGAAAGAUAAACCUAUUCGACCACUUCGUUUUUCAAAUUACCGAGAUUUAGCUCAGCAGAAAAAUCCGAAAUCGACUAAACACCGUAUCGAAGCUCGAACAACAAAACAAAUUGCAAUUCACAUAGCUAAUCCAAAUAUUAAAGAGGGAUACUUACCGCGACUCAAAACAUCAGAAAAUAUAUACAUUGGCGAAGCAGCAGUAUAUAAUCGUGACGGCAUUUGUUACGCGUUAGCAACGAAUACCGGAGAAGACGAUGUAGACAUCGAAAUUGAACCUCAAUACAUUCAUCCUUACGAUAUUUACGACUCGUCGGACGACGACCCAAUUUCUUCAUAUAUGACCGAAAACACACCAGAAAAUAGAGCAACACGAAUUAGAAAUCUUUUAAGAACCGAUCAUCUCAAUGCAGAAGAACGUAAACAUGUAUUCAACAUCGUCGACGAAUUUUCAGACAGAUUUUACUUGCCUGGAGACAAACUAGGAGAAGUACCGAAUUUUUACCAUUCAAUUCAUACAACAGAUGACGUACCGAUUAAUACAAGACAAUACCGAUAUCCACCAGUACACCAAGACGAAAUACAACGUCAAGUAAAGGCUCUGUUAUUACAAGGAGUCAUACAGCCAUCUAGUUCACCAUAUAAUUCUCCGUUAUGGAUUGUACCAAAGAAACCAGACGCUAAGGGCAAUAAGCGUUGGCGUAUGGUAAUCGAUUUCCGAGCCUUAAACGAAAAGACUUUGAGUGAUAAAUUUCCUUUGCCGAAUAUCACCGAAAUUCUAGAUAAAUUGGGAGGAGCAAAAUAUUUCACAAUUUUUGAUAUAGCAAAUGGAUUUCAUCAAGUUCAAAUGGAUCCUAAGGAUUGUCCGAAAACAGCAUUCACAACACCGGAUGGGCAUUUUGAAUUUGUACGCAUGCCAUUUGGUUUAAAAAAUGCACCACCGACAUUUCAACGCUUAAUGAAUCAAGUUAUAUCUGGUCUAGAGAACGCUCAUGUAUUCAUAGACGAUAUGGUUGUUUUCUCUUCAUCACUACGAGAACAUGAAAUAAAAGUAAAAAAAUUACUCAAUCGGCUCAGAGAAUUUGGACUUACACUGCAGAUUGAUAAAUGCGAAUUCUUACGUAAGGAGGUUACUUAUUUAGGACACAUUUUGACAGAAAAUGGUGUUAAGCCAGAUCCUCGUAAAUUACAAGCUGUAAAAGAAUUUCCCAUUCCUAAAACACAGAAAAAUGUCCAGCAGUUCUUGGGACUGACAGGAUAUUAUCGCCGUUUCAUAAAAGAUUAUUCUAUUAAAUCAAAACCAUUAGUUCAAUUAUUAGGUAAAGGAAUUCGUUUUAAGUGGACCGAAGACCAGCAAAAAAGUUUUGAAAAUUUACGCGACGAACUCUGUACACAACCAAUUUUACAAUAUCCGGAUUUUAAUCGACCAUUCAUUGUUACCACUGACGCAUCAGAUUACGCAAUUGGAGCUGUACUUAGUCAAGGAGAAAUAGGAAACGAUCUACCAAUUGCCUACGCAUCUCGUACCUUAAAUAAAGCCGAAAGGAAUUAUUCUGCUACAGAAAAGGAAUGUCUUGCAAUGGUUUACGCAGUACAAUAUUUCAGACCGUAUCUUUAUGGAACAAAAUUCACACUCGUCACAGAUCACCGACCGUUAGUCUGGUUACACUCUGUCAAGGAUCCGACAUCACGACUUAUGAAGUGGAGACUCAGACUCUUAGAGUACGAAUAUCAGGUUAUCCAUAAAGCAGGAAAGACGAACAAGAACGCAGACGCAUUAUCACGUAACCCAGUACCAUCUUGCUUACCACUUAUACCCCGAGAUCCUCAAGACCCCGAUUACAAGCACAUAGGACAGAAACCAGAAAUCGACACGGAUUCCAUAGGAUUUCGUGUGCGGCAACUACAAAGGGACAGGGAAAGGAGACCGAAAUAUCAAGAGGAAAACACUAGCUCUGAUGAAGAACCAGCCCGUGGGAAGGUUCAACAUUCUCCAAUAGCAAAUAGACCGAGAGUCUUACCUAACUUAUCGCACGAGAUAAGUAUGCCAGAUGAACACAUGGAAACAAUAAACUUUCAUCCGCAAGCAAAUUCUACUAAAAUCACAUCGACAGAAGAAGACGUAAACUUGAUUUCAUUCGAAGAACCAUCAGAAAAUACCAUUACGGAAAACACGAUAAUCGCAAACCCGCAACAGGAUUUACUUAACCAUACACCAUUAUCACUUGUAACAAAUGAGGGAAUUUUACAACCACAACCUGUUAACGAAACAAUAGGAACGGCAAUCCAGCAACCACAGGAAAACUUUGACCGUACCGUUGACCCUUAUCCGUUCACACUUCUUGACACAGACACUCUUUCCACGGAGGGAGAUGACCUGCGAAGAAAAGUGCAACUUUCACAGACACUUGAGGUUAUUAUCUCUCCAAACACCCUGACCACCGAGGAAGGUCAUUACGCACAUUUCAUACCUGCGGACUGUAAAUUGGUAACCCCCAUUGGAAAACUGUUACUGGACACAGAAGCAAUAGAUUUACAACAGCUCAUGUCAAAGAAACCGCAGAAAGGAGACGUAAUAGAAUCAGCAAAUGGCUCAUACAAAGUUUACAGUAUAAUAAUAUCAGAUAAUUUUUACGACACCAUUAAAAGUGAAGAUAUACUAAACGGACUACAAACACUGAAACAGCAUUUAGAUCAAAAUCCAAUUAAAUCAUUUAGAAUAUCAGCAGUCGGAGAUUUUCAUAAAUUACCAACCAAUGAAUUAACUAAAUUAAUAAAGGACGUUUUCAACGGUACAACACAGAAAAUCAUCAUAUGCAAUUGUUCAACGAUUACACCAUCAGAAGAAGAUCGAUUACAAAUAAUUCGCGAAGCUCACGACAGUUUGAUAGGAGGACAUAAAGGAGUCACAAAAACAUAUAAACGCAUCAGAGCGAAAUAUCAAUGGCCAGAAAUGCACAACGAAAUACGAAAUUAUAUCAGGAAAUGUCCAAGCUGUCAAGAAGAGAAAUUAGUUAGAGCAAAAACUCGUCAACCAAUGUUAAUUACCGAUACCCCGAUAGAACCAUUUGAUAAAGUUGCUUUAGACACCGUAGGACCUUUACCUUUAACGCCUAGCGGAAAUAAAUACAUUCUCACAAUGCAAGAUUGUUUAACGAAAUAUUGUAUAGCAGUAGCAAUACCAAACAUUAGAGCAGCCACAAUAGCAGACGCUUUCGCGAGACAUUUUAUUGCCAUAUAUGGAACACCACGAGCAAUAUUAACAGACAAGGGAACUAGUUUUAUCGGAAGCUUAAUGAAAAAUCUUUCAGAAAUAUUCAAAAUCAAACAAAUCACAACUUCUGGAUACAGACCACAAACUAAUGGAUCACUAGAACGAAGUCAUAUAGUACUAACAGAAUAUCUUAAACAUUACAUGGAUAAUUAUGAAGAUUGGGACCUAUUAAUACCAUUUGCCAUGUUUUCUUAUAAUACUUCCGUACAUGAAGCAACAAAUUUCUCUCCAUAUGAAUUAAUAUUUGGAAAACCAGCCCGUGAACCAAGUUCGUUUCCAACUGGCGAAAGGUUAAAAUCAUAUGGCGACUAUUUAACAGAAUUAAUAACUCAUACUAUAAAAAUCCGCAACAUAGCAGCCGAUAAUUUGAUUGCCUCCAAGCACCGUUCGAAGAAGUACUAUGAUAAACAUUCCCGACCGGUAGAAUUCAAUGUAGGCGAUUAUGCUUAUGCAUUGCUAGAACCACGAAUUAGUAAAUUUGAUCCACAUUAUGUAGGGCCAUAUGAGAUCAUUAAUGUAACAGAUAUGAACAACCAACUGAGAGGGACACCAGUCGCAUCGAGCUGCUGAUGAACUUGACGGCCCGCCUGUGCAUGCGCAGCACUUGCUACAGAUUAGACGUUGGCAUUGUCUGUAUGCAGUAUGCUCUCGA